AAACAACAACACUUUUCUCUUUUUUAUUUUUAAAGUCAAAAGAUGCUUAUUCUUUACGAAACUGCUGCUGGUUACGCCUUAUUUAAACUUGUUAAUGAUGGCAAGUUAGCUAAGCCCGAAGAACUUUACAAAGAUUUUGAAUCUGCUGAAAAGGCAAAUGAAGCUGUCAAAUUGAAGGCUUUUAAAAAGUUCGAAAAUACCACCGAUGCUUUAGCUGCAGUCACUGGUAUUGUUGAAGGCAAGAUGCCCAAGAACUUGAAAAAGUUUUUGGAAUCCGAAAUCUCUGAAAAGGAAAUGAAGAAGGAAAAGUUGGUUAUCAGUGAUCCUAAGCUUGGUUCUUCUAUCAACAAGAAGUUAGGUAUUAACAUUUUGUCCGACUCCACCGUUCAAGAUCUUUACAGAGGCAUUCGUGAACAAUUUGAAUCACUCGUGUCUGGUUUGUCACAUUCCGAUCUUUCCGCCAUGUCUUUAGGUCUUUCUCAUUCAUUGUCUCGUUAUAAGCUUAAGUUUUCUCCUGAUAAAGUCGAUACCAUGAUUGUUCAAGCCAUUGCUCUCUUAGAUGAUCUCGAUAAGGAGCUUAAUACAUAUGCCAUGCGUGUCAAAGAAUGGUAUGGCUGGCAUUUCCCAGAAAUGACAAAGAUUAUUGUUGAUAACCUUGCCUAUGCCAAGGUUGUCAAAGCUAUGGGUUUCCGUACUAAUGCUCAUGCCGUUGAUAUGUCUGAAGUCCUUCCUGAAGAACUUGAAACUGAAGUUAAGGAAGCUGCUGAAAUUUCUAUGGGUACAGAAAUUUCUCAAGAAGAUCUCGAUAAUAUCUUUGAACUCUGUGAUCAAGUCAUUCAUAUCACCGAAUAUCGUACUCAACUUUAUGAGUAUUUGAAGAACCGUAUGCAUGCCAUUGCUCCUAAUUUGACUUCUUUAGUUGGUGAAUUGGUUGGUGCUCGUUUGAUUUCUCAUGCCGGUUCUCUCAUGAACCUCUCCAAGCAACCUGCUUCCACAAUCCAAAUUUUAGGUGCUGAAAAAGCUUUGUUCCGUGCUCUUAAGACCAAACACAACACACCUAAAUAUGGUUUAAUUUAUCAUGCUUCACUUGUUGGACAAGCUGCUCCUAAGAAUAAGGCUAAGGUAGCUCGUAUGUUAGCUGCUAAGGCUGCUCUUUGCCUUAGAGUAGAUGCUCUUGGUGAAACCGAAUCAAAUGAAGUUGGUGUUGAUGGUCGACAAAAGGUUGAAACUCGUAUACAAACUCUCGAAGGUCGUGUCCUUGCCAAGGCCAAUAAAGAUACCUCCGUCAAGAACCAAACUAAAUUCAAGUUUAACAAGACUCAACAAUACAGUGAAAAUGCAGAUAUUGUCAUGACAGAUGCUGAGCCCGAAAAAAAGAGAAAGAUUGAAGAAGUUGAGCCUAGUGAAGAAGCUGUUGAAGAAGAACCAAAGAAGAAGAAGGAGAAGAAAGAUAAGAAAGAGAAGAAGGAAAAGAAGGAAAAGAAAGAGAAAAAGGAAAAGAAAGAAAAAAAGGAGAAGAAAGAGAAAAAGAAUAAGGAUUAAGCAAGUAUUUUAGUUUAGAUUUAUUUCUUGCAUGUUAAUUUUUUCCUUUUUGAAUGUAUAUAUGAUAUUAUAUUAAUAAAAUGCCUUUGUUUUAUGCAAAAUAAAGAAAAUAUGAUGUACCUUAAAAAAAAAAUAAAAAAA